GCUUCUCGGCAGUCUGCUACAGACAAGGGAAGCGCUUCAGCUGGUACGGAGCCCCGUACGGCGCACGGACGCACAGACAAUAGCACCGAGACACCGUGUGUAUAUGCGGGGAUCACAAGGCGCUGCAUCUCCUUCGUGCCAUUCGGAUUACUUCCACUGUUAAAGCCGCUGCUCAUCCGACGCUAUUUGGUCCCUGAUGGUGAUCGGAUACUUGAAUUGGUGAUUGUUCGCACUAGCGCCAUGAGUGGGCUACUCAAGAGGAAGUUUGAGGAGGUGGAUGAGGACCCAUGCUACUCCUCACCUUCACCCUCUUCCCUCUCCUCUGCCUGCUCAGGCUGGGACUCAGAGGGGGAGAGCUGCUACUCGGACACCCUGGAUUCAACUCCCAGCAACCCCAGCUCCCCAGCAACAAAUUUCAACACAACCUCUAUCCUUAAGAAAUCCAAGAGAGCUCGACGAGGCAAUGUGACAUUUGACCAGGUGACGGUGUUCUUCUUCCCUCGGUGCCAAGGCUUCACCAGUGUACCCAGUCGGGGAGGAUGCACUCUGGGCAUGAUGCAGCGCCACAGUGCACUCCGCACGUAUACGCUUGCCGAGUUUGCUGUGGAGCAGCGGCUCCUACGCCAGGAAAAACUCAUCAACAGACUCAGGGAAGAGAAGCUGGAAGCUCUCAAACUGAAGCUGACUAAGAAUGGAACCCAAGAGAACGAGGAGGCGGAUCGGCUGACCGUGGACGACAUCCCAGAGCAGGACAUCGACAUCAGUGGUGCCAACCUUGAUGAGGGCUCUUUCCUGCAGCCUUACCCAUCGAAACGGCGCUACGCACUGCUCAAAGCAGCUGGCGUGAAGAAGAUAGACAAGGAGGAGAAGAGGCAGCUGCACGAGCUGAGGAUCUCCAGGGAGAACUGUGGUUGUGACUGCCAGGGCUUCUGUGAGCCUGAGACGUGUAGCUGCAGCCUGGCUGGCAUCAAAUGUCAGAUGGACCAUUCCUCUUUCCCGUGUGGCUGUACCAAGGACGGCUGUGGAAACACGGAGGGCCGCAUCGAGUUCAACUCCACCAGGGUACAGACGCAUUACAUACACACUAUCAUGAAGCUGGAGCUGGAGAAGAGACUGGAGGAGCAGUCCAGCACAGAGGAGGAGGAGGAGAACACAACAGGUGCCACCACACUACCAGCAGUGCCCUCCUUCCCCUUUAGCUCCGAACUGGCAGCAGCUGGAGAGAACAGUUGCAGCAGUGACAUGACGGACUUAUCAGACUCUUCAGGUCAGAGUGAGGACUCAGAAGUAGGCCAGAGCCCGUGUGAGCAUCACACUCAGCUGGAUGUAGAUGAGAAAGGCCUGAGCCGCAUACUUUGUUUCAGCGACACAGAGAACUGCUCGAGAAGCAGCAGGGACGGUGGGGAUAAGAACUGUAAAGACACUUGUUGCGCAGAUCAGCAGCAAGAGCAACAGCAGCUAUCUACGGAGGCAUUUAGUAGCUUUAGCAUGGUGGACUUUGCUGAUGAGAACGACAACAUAGACGCUGCACUGUUGGACUCUGCGGACGAUCACACAGACAAUCGAGCAACAGCCAUUUCAGAACUUUUGGAUGAAAACGCCAACCAGGGAAAUGCCCUAUUCCACAGCAGUAGUGUGCCACACACACCCUCUCCUACCAUCGAUCGCUCGGCGAGCUAUAACAUGGACCUGAGCCUUUCCUCUGAGUCAGACCUGGAGUUCUUUGAUGGUUUCCCCUGUUUGGGGUCCAGCUCACUCUACAACUCCCUCAAGGAGUACGAGCACAUGGACAACUUUUUUCAGUUUCAGUUGCCUAGUUACCCCAGUUUCCCUGCAGCAAGUGACCCUGGGACCUGCCUCCUGGAGUCACUGAUCGGCCUUUCAGAAUCCGUCCCAGAACCCCCUGCCACAUUUACAGACAAUCAGCUGUUGGAGGAAGCCAUGAAGUUGUCUGUGAUGGAGUCUGUGAAAGUUUGACAAAACGUGAAAACUCGUGGACAGUGCAAGAAAAGCGGAGUCUUGGGAGGGGACUGAAAAAUGCACAUAAGAUGUCAACAUGUUGGAGGAAGCUGUGAUUUCCCUCUUGCCUAAUAAAUGUUCAAAUUCCAGACUUGCCUUCAAAAUGUUAGCAAAGCAGUUUGGGAUUAUCGCUGUGUGAGAUGGCAGCUAGUGUUAAAAGUGAAAGAGAAAAUUCAAAAUCAAUUUGACCAGGCCCAUAGAAACCAAUGAUGGCUCUCGAUUCCUAAGAAAGCUCUUUUAACCAAACCAAGAUCACCAACCCUAAGCUAAACAGGAAUUAACUGGGGCCAGGUUGGGAAUCUCAACACAGCUGAAUGUGCACCUCAGGGAUUUUUUUCUAGCUUUCUAGCUUUUGGAGGCAAUGUAUGGUGACCAUUGCUGUGAUGGCCUUCAUAUGAAACCCGAGUCAAAUCGCAACAUAGUCCUGCUCACGUCCUCCCUUUGGGCCAGGUGACGUGAGCAGGUGGGGUCCUCCCUGUGUUAAAUCCUGAAGCAAGUGGACUCUUUGUCCACAAGAUCUCUCCCAUGGUACAAAACAAACCCCCUCUUAAAGCUCCUCGAUCAGCACUUUAUCUGUGAACAUAGUUAUGUAUGAAUAGGCAUUGUUUUGGUCGUACGGGAUCGAUUCAACAGUUCAACGCUAAAUUAUGGAGUUUCAUAUUUAUGAGCUGGAUAACUAGAAAUGAUGCUCAUACCAUUACAAGCUGUAGCUGUAUUGUCUUUAUUGCUUUUGUUUUAAAUUAUUUCCUUUAUGAUUUUAUUUUAUUUAUUUCAGAUAAAGCCUACUUUCACUCAAGCAGCACUGUGGUUUGAUAGUUUCACCUAAAAGUGCAAUCUUCUUUCCUUUUUUCCAUAGCACCUUUCGGUGUCGUUAUGGGAAAUGGGACCACAAGUCCAUCAGAAAGUAUUUAAUAUCUAUUCUCUUACACAUUUUUUUGGUAACUUAUUAUGUCAUUAUUUCAGUAGUUAUUUAAUUUAAGACAUUUUGGCAAUAACAUGGGCUGUUGUAAAGUUUACUGGAUGUGCCUGCUUAUCAGGGGAGCAAUGCCUGCCGAUGGUGUGCGCACAGGGCUUCCAUUUAAGCUUUGGGACUGAAAACUGUGGAAUCUCCCUAAUCACUGAAACUAAAUUAUGGGUCUGUUGUAUCGCUGCCUAUAUUAUAACCAUAUAAAAUUACACUAAUAUUUUGUAACUAAUUUAUGUAGGAUGACAAAAGAAUUCUAAUCACUGACAAAUUGAAUAUUUUAUUAAGAAAGCGAAAUGAGUAAUUUUCAAUCUGAGACAACCUUUGUAAUAUAUGAAUUAUAGAGAAAUGUAUGCUUAUGAAGGUUAUUGCUCUCCAGCAUUCUGAAGUAUUUUUCAUAGGCAGCCUUAUGGUUAGAUAUCUUAGAGAAAUGCCACUAAAACUAAGUAAAUUGCAAAGAUCAAUUUGAUUGUACUCUGAAUUUUUUGGAAGUCUGUGACUUGGGUUACACUAUGUUUUAAAUUACACAUGUAAAGGGGCUUUUGUGGAUAAAAACUGCAUAUAUUAUACAAUUUUUAUCGCACACACAAACCCCGAAAAUUGAAGAGUUGCCUCAAUAAUUCUAGAACAAGACCUUUCAAAGGUGAUUGUGCUGUCGCCUGUGUGAAGAGCUGAGGGACACUAGAGAGUUGAUGUACAUAUCUCACCAUUUCUACAGCUGUUUCAACAGCCUUUCUGGACCCUUUAGAAAUUAUGCAUGCAGGUCCUGUUUGUUAAAACUUGUUCUGAUUAAUUGUAUACUUUGAAAAGUGCAGCGUGCACAUUGGAAAUGUAUUAUUCGCUUUUUGCCUUUUUGAUUACUUUGAAAUCCAUCCGAUAUAUGUUCUUAUGCCAUGAAGAGGGCACUAAUUUUUGCAGACAAAACAUUUGUUUCUCUUGUAUAAAACAUCAAAAAUCUCAUGAAGAAAUGGCAACAGUGAGUGUUUGUCAAUGUAAUGUAUUACAGUACAGUUUUAUUUUGUUUUCAAAGGACGUGUCUUACUUUCUGCCUUUUGUGUUGUACAUAUUUCUGCUUGAAUGGUCCUGCAGAGCAAACAAAGCUGCUUUAUUUUUUACAUAUUCACACAUUAACCUGCUGUUCAAAAACAGUUUCUUUCAUCUAAGCCAUUUUGACAGCCUGUCCCUCCAAAUAAUAAUAAAAAAAAACAUUUUCUAAAUGCUUGA